GCACAAGUAUGGACCUGAUGGGGAGCUGACCCGCUACAAGUCAAGGCUUGUGGCCAAGGGGUUUCAGCAGACAAAGGGGAAGGACUUUGACGAGAUCUUUGCUCCUGUGGGGAAAGGGACUACACUAAGGGUGAUGUUGGGAAUGGCUGCAAACCGCGGAUGGAGGAUCAAGCAGAUGGACAUCACAACUGCUUUCCUCAAUGGGAUCAUCCUAGAGGAGCUGUACAUGCUGCAGCUUGAGGGGUUGGAUGAUGGGAGCGGCAGGGUGUGCAGGCUCAAGAAGGCCAUCUAUGGCCUGAAGCAGGCUCCUCGUGCAUGGUACCACAAGCUGGAGGAGACACUGCUGGCUGGGGGUUUCAAGAAGAGUGAGUGUGAUCACAGCUUGUUCUUGCUGCAAGAGAAAGAGCAAUUCCUCAUGCUCCUCGUGUAUGUGGAUGACAUCCUUCUCUUCUCUGAGUCGUCUGCAAUGAUUGAGUGUGUGGAGAGGAUGCUGGAGAUGCCGUUUAAGUGCUCGAAGAUGGGAGAUGUCAAGUAUUACCUGGGGAUGCUUGUGGAGAGAGACCUUGACAAAGGAGUGUUGAGGUUGCACCAGAGGAAGUACUGUGAGGGGCUGGCUGAGAAGUAUGGGCUGCAAGAUGGAGGAAAGACAGCCACCCCACUACCUUCGGGUUUCACUGUGGAGCCUUGUGCUGAUGAGGAGGUGGUGGGUGAGAGUGGCAGGAAGCUGUUUCAUUCCAUGGUGGGGGCACUCAACUAUGCAGCAAACCACACGCGGCCUGACAUUGCCUUUGCUACAUCCAGGCUUGCUAGUGUGGUCUCACGCCCCAGUCAUGAGCAGCUAGAAGCGGCCAAGAGGUUGGUCCGCUAUGUGAGUGCUACAGCAUCUGUGGGUUUGGAGUACAGUGCUGUGCGACAGAGGCUGCAGAGGGGUGCAGCUGAUUUGAGCAAGGGGGGGAUGCUCUUGACUUGCUACACCGACGCUAGCUUCAACUCUGUAAAGGCGGAUGGCACCAGCAUUGGAGGCUAUGUGUGCUUGUUUGGAGGUGGUGCAGUGAGCUGGCGCAGCAAGAAGCAGAACGAGGUGGGGCUGUCCUCGUGUGAGACUGAGUACAUGGCCCUUCAUCAUGGGGUGAAGGAGGUGGUGUGGCUGAGGCAUUUGUUCGAGGAGAUCGGAGUGUGCCAGAGGGAGCCGACAGUAAUGUUUUGUGACAAUGAGUCGGCUGUGAAGCUUGCAAAGAAUGCAUGUCUUCAUGGCCUGACAAAGCACAUCAGGCCAAAGUGGCACUGGGUGAGGAGGCUCCUGGUCAAGGAAGUGUGGUUGGAGAUAGUGAAGACCCAGCAGCAGGCGGCAGACAUUCUCACCAAGCCCCUGGCUGAAAAUGAGCAUUGGAAGGAGAUGAAGCUUGCUGGAAUGAGUGUGCAUUGA